UGGCCCCGCUGAGGAGGACUCGGACCUGCAGGUCGCCGACGCCUGCGCGCUCCUGUGGGCGUGCUGCCUCGCCGGCGCGGCGGGCGCGUGCCUCUCGGCGCUGCUGUACGUGCACGCGCCCCUGGCGACCCAGAACGCGACGACGAUCGAGGACAACUACGACAACAUGCCGAACCCGUUCGACCAGGGCGACUCGCUCGGCAACUGCGCGCAGGUCUUCGGGGAGCUCGGGGCGGACUGGCUCCUGCCUGUGCGGCCGCGCAGGCCGCUCUCCGACGGCGUCUCGUUCGCGCGCUUCGGGGAGGUGUUCCAGCGACCCGACGGGGCCGCGCCGCCCAGCGGCCCGCCGCAGGGCCCGCCGCUGGACCCGGGGGAGGCGGACAGGCUCUGGCGCCGCCGCUACGGGGUCCGCCAGGGGCACCAGCGAGGCGCGGACAGAGCUGAGGA